GGAACCAAAACAAACUCUGCCCUUCAUCUCUCUCCAGUCUCCACCCCGAUCUUCUAGACCCUUCCUUCCCCUCGCCUCUCCUGCCAAUCUACCGUCGCUUCACCGGGCAGCGAUGCUGCCCCAGCAGCAGCAGAACCAGGCGGCUGCGCUGAUGCAGCAGGCGGCCGCGCUGCAGUCCAUGUACCCGAUGCCACCGCCGCCGCACCACCACCACCUCCUCCUGGGCGCCGCGCCGCCGCAGCAGAUAGAACCAAUUCUUACUGGAAAUCUGCCACCUGGUUUUGAUACGAGUACAUGCCGCAGUGUGUAUGUCGGCAAUAUUCAUGUUCAAGUGACAGAGGCAUUUCUCCAGGAGAUUUUUCAGAGUGUUGGUUCGGUUGACGGAUGCAAGCUUAUAAGAAAAGAGAAGUCCUCUUAUGGUUUUGUUGACUACUAUGAACGCAGAUCAGCUGCCCUUGCAAUUUCGACACUUAAUGGGAGGCAAAUUUUUGGGCAGCCCAUCAGAGUUAAUUGGGCAUAUGCUAGUGGUCAGAGGGAGGAUACAACAGGCCAUUUCAAUAUAUUUGUUGGUGAUCUUAGCCCUGAGGUUACGGAUUCGGCAUUAUUUGCAUUCUUCUCAGGAUAUUCCUCUAGCUGCUCUGAUGCUCGAGUUAUGUGGGACCAAAAGACCGGAAGAUCAAGAGGUUACGGUUUUGUUUCCUUUAGGAAUCAACAGGAUGCACAGAUUGUCAUAAAUGGCUUAAAUGGUCAAUGGCUAGGAAAUCGGCAAAUUCGUUGCAACUGGGCAACAAAAGGUGCCAACAGUGGCGAGGACCAGCAAACAUCAGAUUUGAAAAGUAUAGCUGAUAUAACUAACAAUUUCACAGAAAAUGGGAAGGACAAAGCAAACAUAGAUGCUCCAGAGAAUAAUACACAGUACAGAACUGUUUAUGUUGGGAACCUUGCUCAUGAGGUUACUCAAGAUGUGCUCCAUCGUUUUUUCCACGCACUCGGUGCUGGAGCAUUGGAGGAGGUGCGUGUCCAGCAUGGUAAAGGCUUUGGAUUUGUGAAGUACACCAACCAUGCAGAAGCUGCCUUAGCAAUUCAGAUGGGUAAUAGCCGUAUUUUGGGCGGUAAACCGAUCAAGUGUUCCUGGGGUAACAAGCCCACACCUUCUGGUACCACCUCUGUGCCGCUGCCUCCUCCCGCUGCUCCUAGCCUCCCUGCUGCCGCUGAUCUCCUAGCAUAUCAACGCGCCAUUGCCUUGAACAGAAUGGCUUCGACCCAAGCAUUGAUGCAGGCUCAGCAAACAGCUGUGGGGAUGAGCGUCACGAAUCAGGCAAUGUACGAUGGAACUUUUCAGAACGUUGGUGCCCCACAACUGCAGCAGCAACAACUCAUGUACUACUAAUUCCAGCCUUCGAGGAGGCUCGUAUUUGUAAUUUGUGACCCAGAUUUUAUGUUUUUUUUCUCAUAUAUCUUCACACUACUUUCUGUCUCGGCUUCAUGUUUUUCUAUGACUUGGUAGUAUCUCUCUUUCUGUGUAGUGAUGCUGAUGCAAGCGGACCGUUUUUUUUUUUUUUGAGAUGAAGCUGACCUAAUAUCGCAUGUUUACACCA